AUAAAAAGCGCGCCCUCUGAGAAAGCCUGUCUGUUCUUUUACUGGAGAGAGAGAGAGGGCCAAACUCUCUGAUUGAUUAAGAGAGAGAGAGGGAGAGAUUUCUUCUUCUCCCUGCCCCAAAUCUUUCUCAGAGAUCUCUCUGCCCACCUCUCUUUCCUCGCAUUCUUUUCUUCUUUUCUCUUUUAUGUUGCUGCUAGAUUAAUAAUUGGAGUUGGGAGAAGAGGGUUGGUGGUGGUGCUCGCUGGUGCUGGAAUGGCGGCUCUGCAUGGGGGUGGAGGUCGGAUUCUGAGACGCUGAGUUGGAUUUCUUCCCAAGCGGGACCAUGAAGUUCGGCUCAAAGAAGGGGUGGAAAACCCUUAUGCCUCUUCGCCUGCAUAGGAAAUCUGCUACCCGUUUCUGUAUGUUUCCCAAGGUCCGCUCUGCCAGCCAAACACCAGGAAAUGCACCGGUUUAUCUGAAUGUCUAUGAUUUGACGCCCAUGAAUGGCUAUGUUUAUUGGGCAGGCCUUGGGAUUUAUCACACUGGCGUUGAAGUUCAUGGUGUGGAAUAUGCAUUUGGGGCACAUGACUAUCCAACAAGUGGGGUCUUUGAGGUUGAGCCUCGGCAAUGUCCAGGCUUCAGGUUUAGAAAAUCGAUAUUCAUGGGUACAACCUGCUUAGACCCAAUGCAGGUUAGAGAGUUUAUGGAGCUUCAUUCUGUAAACUACAAUGGAAAUACAUAUCAUUUGAUUGUGAAGAACUGCAACCAUUUUUGCAAGGAUAUUUGUUAUAAGCUGACUGGCAACAGAAUUCCAAAAUGGGUGAACAGACUUGCCAGGAUAGGAGCCCUCUGCAACUGCUUAUUGCCUGAGACCCUUAAGAUUUCUGCUGUUCAUCAUGACCCAGAUUCCCAAGCUGAGGAUGGCGAGAAAAGGAGGUUGAGAAGUGCCUUCAGUUGCCUAUCUUCAAUCUCUAUGCGUCAGAGGCAGUUGUCAGCAUCCUCUCUUUUCUUGCCCUCUCCCCUAAAAGGGUGCCUUCCACCAUGGGAGUUAAAAAGGUCUGGUGCCAUCCUGUUGAAGGAGAGGUAACAGAUGUUAUGUGUUGUUGAUUACAUUCCAAAAGAACCAGCUGAUUUAUCAGAGAUCUUUUUCCACCAGGAAAGCAUUUGAUCAGUUUUUGAGCUCUGGUAUGAAAUGAUGGCAAUGUAAAACAAGAUACAAGCUUUUCAGGAAAAAUUGCCACAGGGAAAAGCAUGGCAAAAUGUUGUUUGAUGCUAAGUGAAGGGAAAGUGUAUAAGUCUUUGUAUGGUUUUGUUUAGGCUGGCAUACUAAGUGGUGACUGUCUUAUGUGGCUCUGUAUCUGUCUGAUGAUUUUAAACUCUAGCAAUGCUGUCAUUUUGUCAUGGCAGUGAUGGUAUCCCAUGUCGAAAUGACUGCUGUUCUCAUUUCCUUGAAAUACUAAUGCUUGAUGAGCUUUCUUGUGUUGUACUUC